AUGAACAAUGCAAAAACAGAGAUCAUUUUAUAUGGUACUACACAACAGUUAGCAAAGGUUGAUAUACCCGGUGUUAAUGUAGGUGGUUGUUUUGUCAAAUGUGUUGACCAUGUAAGGGACUUGGGUGUUUGCUUUGAUGCCAACCUUAGUUUUGACAGGCAUAUACGAAAAAAGUGUCAAAUAGCCUACUCUCAACUUAAGAACCUGAAAUCCAUUCGUAAGCAUCUGUCUCAGAAAUCAACGGAAAUACUAGUUCAUGGUUUAGUGAAUUCCCACAUCGAUUUUUGUAAUGGACUUUUUGCAGAAAUACCAGUUUAUCAAAUAGAUCGACUUCAGAGACUCCAAAACCAGGCUGCUCGGGUAGUAAUGAAUGUGUAUGACCAACCUAGUGCUGAUCUCAGAAAAUCUCUACAUUGGUUACCAGUCAAGGCACGGAUUAUGUUUAAAGUAAUUCUUAUUGUUUUCCGAGUAAUACAUGGAACAGCUCCAACGUAUCUCAUAACUUUGUUUAAUUGUGUGAGAAGAAAAUACAGUCUAAGAUCAGCUGCUGAUGACACUUGUACACAGUUUGUUGUGCCAAGACGCAGGACCAGACUUGCUGACAGAUCUAUUUCUGUUAUGGGACCUAAAUGGUGGAACGCCCUACCAAAAGAAUUAAAGUGCAUUGCAUCGGAAAUUGCAUUCAGAAAAAGACUGAAAGCACACCUCUUUGAACAAUUUUAUGGAUAA